UCAGACUGUCCCCCAGAACAAAACGCGAAGAAAAAACUCAAAAAAAUGUUGUAAAUAAUAAAAAAAAAAAAUAAAAAAAAAACAAUCUGAAAUGCGUUUAACAAAAAAACUCUUACUAUACUUUUUUUAAAAACAAAAUCACUUUCACUUAACACAAAUCUAUAUGUUAGCAUUAAAAUCUUUUUAAAACUCCAAUCAUCGGCAAACUAAAACUCGAAAAAAAAAAAAUGGAAUGAUUACUUUUUUUCUCUACUAUAUAACAACCAAAAUACAAAACAAUGGGUUGCAUCAACAGCAAAGAAGAGCUCAGAGAAAUACAAUCCAACUCCAUUACCAGAUCAUCCAAUGUCUACAGAGUUAACGCCUGUCGCAUCUCCGCCGAUGCUGAAACCAUUCAGAAUGGCUAUCUUGAACUCUCCCCCAAAGAGCUUGCCUUUCUCCCCGAAAUGGGCGAAACCAUAAAAUGGGCAUUGCAACAUUUGCGUCGCUACGGUUGUACAGGUGAUGUAUUUAGUUUCGAAGCCGGUCGUCGAUGUAUGACCGGUCCGGGAAUUUAUACUUUUCGCAUGCACAAUGCCGAGAAUAUGCACCGAUUAUUUCAAAGCUAUAUCAAUUCGGUAGCUAGAAGCAAUGACACUGUGCCUCUAGCUUGUACCGAUUUUCCCACUUCUUUGGAUCUGUCUUCUUCACACUCCCAAGAUCCUUAUUUAGAGCCAUCAUCGGCAACAUCUAGUCUCUUACAAAAUAGAGCUAAUCUCUAUCGUCAAGAUUCCGCACAAAGUAGUCCACUGAGCUCAAACUUGAACUCACCCAGUUCAUUCCAGGGUGCCAAUUUUACAAACGAAGUUAUCCACUUGAAUGCACAACCAAACAGAUUUACUAAUCCCAACAGUAACUUGUACCAAGAGUUUCCCAUUAAGCCAAAUGAAUUCAAUAAUAAUAUACCAAAUAAGAACAAGUCUCAGGAUGUGCCACCGCAGGAGCUAGCACCAAAUAUACAAACGGCAGUUGUCGAUGGUAUAGAUUCGUUGCAGCAUCCUCGAAAGUAUUUGCCAAUAAAUGAUGAUGAACAGCAUAUGUAUGAGAAUGUGAAUGAGAUUGAGAAGUCGGUUGUAGGAGCAGCAGCAAGUUCGCUGGAGGAAAGAUGUUAUGAGAAUUUUAGUAGUAUUAAUUUACCAAUAUUGAUAAAUGAAUCGACUAAUAAAACACCAACGAAUGAAAAUAGCGCUGUGGUAAAUUAUAUAACGCUAGAUUUAGUGCAAUCGCCAACUUCGACUGAUUCGUUUUCGUUGAAAGUGAAGACGAAUGCUGCUACGACAGCGGCGGCUGCUGCUGCAGCAGCGGAAGCAUCAUCAACAAAUGUAUUUAACAAUAAGAAAAAAGACAGCAACAACGAAAUUGUUAAUGCCAUUAAGGGACAGGAUUUUAGAGGGAAUAAUAGUUUGUUUCCAAGGGUGGUUACGGAGUUGAGUGGUAAUAAUGCAGAUGGAGUUGUGAAUGAGAGUACGUCAACUUCGAUGGGAUAUUCGACGAUAGACUUUAUUAAGACUUGUGCUUUGAUUAAAUCAGCACCGGCUUGUGAUGCUGAUUGUCAGGAGUCGAGGAUAACGCGGCAUAGUACAUGUGUGCUGAAGAAUAGCUCAUUGAGUGAAUAAGAUGACCGCUCAACUUGUACGUUACGUAAUAUAUGAAUGCACUUAUGUUUAAAAUGCAAAGGAUAUGGAUACCUAUAAACACUGGUUGCCACCGAAAAGAUGAUAUUGCAGUUCCAAAUACUUAACAAAAAUUAAAAUCUUGAUUGCAUUCGAAUUUCAUAAAAUUGCGUGGUGAUGUCAAUACAUACAGCUGUGUAGAUAUUGGUUAUACAUUUUUAAUUUAAUAGUGUAUCUACAUAAAUUUUAAUGUAUUGAGCACCAGUUAUUAUCCAUAUAAAAUCAUAAUAUCAGUGAGCUUUUGUUGUACUUAAAAAACCAAAGUUAUAUAACUUAGCGUGUUUUGCAAAACUUUUGAACAAUAUUUGUUUUUCAGAAAUAUUAAUUAAUUAUUUAUGCUAAGUAGAGUAAGUUUUAAGUGACAAAAAUACAAAGAAGAAAUGUACAUACUAAAGUA